GUUGUUGUUUUUGUCGCAGCCUGCGGGAAGCAUUUUUGCGGUUCAGUUUCAGAGCAGACGGAAAUUCACCGAAUUCUGGUAUUUUUACGGCAAAAACCUAUAAAAAUGACUACUCUACGCCCUUUCACCUGCAACGAUAUGUUCAAGUUCAACAAAGUGAAUCUUGAUCCCCUGACGGAAACCUACUGCCUAGCGUUCUACAUGCAGUACCUGGCCCACUGGCCGGAAUACUUCCAGGUGGCCGAAUCGCCGAGCGGUGAAAUCAUGGGCUACAUCAUGGGAAAAGCGGCCGGCCACGCCGAAAACUGGCACGGCCACGUAACGGCACUGACCGUUUCGCCGGAUUACCGCCGGUUGGGACUGGCCGCCACGCUGAUGAACUUCCUGGAGGACGUCUCGGAGAAGAAGCGGUGCUACUUUGUGGAUCUGUUCGUGCGGGUCAGCAACAAGGUGGCCAUCGACAUGUACACCAAGCUGGGCUACAUCGUCUAUCGGACCGUGCUGGAGUAUUACGUGGGCGAUCCGGACGAGGACGCGUAUGAUAUGAGGAAAGCCUGCUCGAGGGACGUUCACCGGAAGUCGGUGAUUCCGUUGACGCAUCCCGUCCGACCGGACGAAGUGGACUGAUAGCGGGGUAGAGAAAUUGUAAGAAAAUGAAUUGUACAUUAUGAAUAUUUAUGAUUAAAAUACCGAAUGUCGCGGAAACACAA